GCAAAGUCAGUCCGAGUCCGUUCGCCGAGGUGUCAGCGCGGCCUGAUCAUGCCGGAAUCUGAAUCGGAAUCGGGUGGUAGUCCAAAUCGACGCAAGUCAUCCGUUGCCGUGGACGUUGUGGAGCAGAUCCAUGGGAGUUUUGGGCGCUGGCAGUUGCGGACAAUUCUGCUGAUAUUUCUCUGCAAGAUUCCCAGUGCCUGGUUCAUGGCCUGCAUCAUCUACACAGCGCCGUAUCCCUGGAAAGGAGAGCUUGUGUGUCGUCCGUCAGACUGGAAUGCCAGCGAACCGCUGCCACAGGAGAGCGCCGACCGUCGCAUCAACAAUCUGUGGCAGGAGGAGCGCAGCACAGAUCGACUGUUCAAUGUGGAUGUGUGCAAUGCCUAUGCCCAGACCCUGGCCCGUGGUUUUGUGAGUCGCCAUGGACAGGAGUGGAAUGCCACUGCCCCGAAAGACGAUUCAACGUCAUCUCUGCCCUGUGAGCAAGUGGAGCACACGACGGCCUACAAGUCGCUUAUCACGGAAUUUGAUUUGAUUUGUUCGCGACGCGUUUUGGUGGCUGUGACGCAAUCCUUUCAUGCUCUGGGUGCGCUGAUUGGUGGACUAAUGGCCUACACGGCUCUCAAACGCAUCAGUCCGCGUCGCCUCAUGCUGCUGGGCAUGCUGGGACAGAUCUUCUGUGGCAAUCUCACAGGUCUGGUGGACACCUACCAGUUGCACAUUUACUUUCGCUGUCUCACGUCCAUCUUCUGCGCCCUCAUGUACACCUCGGGGCAGUUCAUAUUGAACGACAUUACCUCGGGACAGGCGCGCAUCAUAGUCAUCACAUUGUCGGAGCUCUUCUGGUCGAUUGGACUGGUGCUGCUGCCCGGCAUUUCCAUAUACUUCGAUGACUGGAGCUACCUGUACGUGGCCAUAUCCUCCUCCCUCAUCGUGCUGGUCUGGCUGCACCGCUGGAUUGCCGAUGCUCCGCGCUGGCUGUUGCGACAUCAGCGCGUUGAGGCGGCACUGCGACAGCUCCUGGAGUCUGCCACCUACAACAAUCGCAAGGUGCCGCUCACGCUGGAUGUUCAGCUGACGGCAUAUGCCAAGGAUCUCGAACUGGCGGCCGAACAGAAGCGCAGCUACUGUCGCAUCUGGGAUGGGGAGACGAAGCGCAGUCAAUUGAUUUACAUUCACUGGAUCUGGGGCUGUGCCAUGGUGCUGUACAACAUCACCCUGCUGAUGAUACGUAACCUGGGAGCGGCUCAAGUUCAUGUGAACACUGCGGCCUUGGGAUUCGCCGAAAUGGUUGGCGUCUUUGUGGGCCUCUACAUGAUUCUCUAUACGCGUCGCCAUUGGCGCUGGGCCGGGAAUCUAAUGAUUGUCGCAAGCCUAAGCACCUAUCUGGUCUGGCUGCUGCCUGAAACUGAACGAAACUCACGACGCGUGGGACUGGAGCUCAUCUUCUGGCUGAUUUUGAAGCUGGCCAACUCGGCUUCUAUAGCCGUACUGACCACCUGCACGGGUGAAAUGGUUUCCAGUGAGAACCGAGUCUUGCUGAUGCUCUCGGUGGUGACUUUUAGUCGCCUGUGCCUGGUGUUUUGCCCCUUUCUGAGCGUCUUGACUGUGAUACAUCCGUUGGUGCCCAUCACCAUCAUUGCCACCGUUGGCUGGAUCUAUGGCCUGGCCCUGCGACGCCUCAACCGUUACUACUGGAACACGGAACAGCCCCACAUCAGCCAGGUGCCCACGCCCAACACCUACCGCCGUCACUCGCAGAUGAUUCUGCGUCGCUGCAGCUCCGCCAGCACCGAAGUCAGCGGCUACAGCAACGAACUGUUGAGCAACUUUGAGCGGAAUAUGGCUGUGAGCAUAGCCGAUAUCUGGCACAUCAAUUUCUAUCCCAUCAAUGAGUGUGACAGCCUGGCGGAGAUGGAACUAGAGAAGAGAUCCGAAGAGGUGGGCACAACUGAGGCUGCCAAAUCGCGCAGUUUGGAAACCAUUUGAAGGGAUUUUGCGGUGCCUAAAAGUAGGCUUUGAUUAAAGAUACAUUUUAAUGUGAGUUGGAAGUGAUGCACAAUAAG